AUGGAUAAAUACCAUCCUGGUUACUUCGGAAAGGUCGGUAUGAGACACUUCCACCUGCUCAGAAACCACUACUGGAAACCCUCGAUCAACCUCGACAAGCUCUGGUCAUUGAUCCCCGAGGAGACUCGUGAAGCCUACGUUUCUGGCAAGAAGACCGAUACCGCUCCCGUCCUGGACCUUCUCCCUCUCGGAUACUCCAAAGUUCUCGGCAAGGGCCGCAUUCCCAAGAUCCCGAUUGUCGUAAGAGCAAGGUGGUUCAGCAAGGAGGCCGAGCGAAAGAUUAAGGAGGCCGGCGGUGUUGUUGAGUUGGUGGCAUAA